AUGGGCCUCUUCAAGCGCAACUCGAAAAACAGCGAAAAGGACGAGAAUGAAUCCUUCGUCUCUGUCAACAGCGCUCGAAAUUCCAACACCUCGUUAAGGUCCCCCGGUUACAAGGGUAGUGGUCUUCCGGCAUCCAUCCCUGAGCUCCCCAUUUCAAACCCGCCGGACCCAGCAUUAGACCCCGCCGCCUAUCUCCGAAGCAUCCAUGCCGUACGCGAACGCGCAGCGCUGGUCAUGGGUAGAGCCAGGUGCAAUCGACUGAACCACUUCGAUGUCGACAUGAGCAAACUCAAGGCCACUGCGUCCUAUGUUGUGUCGAUCAUCAAGGUAAACAUGGCCCCCUCCGAUCCACUGGACCCGAACUUUCAAAGCCGGUUUCUAACCCCUAUAUCGUGGAAAAAGCGCGACUAUGCGCCCGAUUACGCAAGCAUUCCGCCUCACGGCCGCUGGCAACAUUUCGAUGUCGGUGGUAGGCCCCGAAUUAAUCAGCUCCUCCAGUCAUGGCCGAGCAGUGUUGACGCUCAGGAGCGGACGCGCCGCUUGAUCGACCUAUUCGUGGUGUCGGUACUGCUCGAUGCCGGAGCCGGUAAUAAUUGGUCCUACAAAUCCAAAGAGUCUGGCAAAAUCUACGGACGGAGUGAAGGUUUGGCUGUCGCCAGCUUGGAGAUGUUUAAGUCAGGUCUUUUCAGCGGCGAUCCGACAGAGCCGUGCCAGGUGGAUGGUGCCGGAUUGAAAAGGGUGACAGUCGAAAAGUUGGCCAAGGGGAUGCAACAUUCCGAUCAGAAUCCGCUGGCCGGGCUGGAAGGUCGCACUGGCCUGUUGGUGCGAUUGGCAGAAGCUUUGAAUAACCAGGAUUUCUUUGGCGUGGAUGCCCGGCCUGGAAACAUGCUCGACUACCUGCUUGGUCAUCCUUCGACGCUGGCUUCAUCCGUCCCCAUUGUCCCUAUAACCACACUAUGGUCUGUUCUCAUGGAUGGCCUCUCAUCAAUCUGGCCCGAGUCGCGAACCCAAAUCGACGGUGCGACUAUCGGGGAUGCAUGGCCCUGCUCGAUCCUCCCCCGAUCUCCGCCCUCGCAGCCGUGGGAGACUAUCAUGCCGUUCCACAAGCUGACGCAGUGGCUUUGCUACUCGAUUAUGGUGCCAAUGUCGAAAUUGAUGAAUAUCCACUUUGCCGGCAGUGAAUUAUUGACGGGUCUUCCUGAAUACCGUAAUGGCGGCCUUCUGAUCGAUAUGGGUCUAUUGACUCUGAAGGGACCAGACUUGGAGCGUGGCAUUCGAGCAUACAAGGAGAAUGCGCAGAUAAAGGGUCAGCCCAGUGUGGAGGUGGUGCCGCUCUUUUCUACCGACGACGACGUAAUUGUGGAAUGGCGCGCUGCCACUGUUGGCUUCCUGGACGAGCUACUCGAUGAGGUUAACUCCCAGCUGGGACUUAGUGGUUCCGAGGAGCAAUUGACGCUGGCCCAAAUGCUGGAAGCUGGCACAUGGAAGGUCCGCAUUCCUUUCUUUCUUCCCACGAAACGCAUUUAUGCUAACUUCAACCAGGGCGGUCGUGAAAUCGCCGAAGUUUCCAGGCCCAACACUAAGGAGCCGCCCAUUAUGAUUCGUUCCGACGGCACGGUCUUCUAA